AUGAUGACCCAAUCUAUUCAUAGUAUCCUGGUCAUUUUGCCUGAUAUCACAAAGUCUCAAUGCAUACAUGUUAUACUGGAGUACUUGUCGAACCGCAUAGACUUACCAAUGGAUCCCUAAUUUCUGUAAAUAGAUUAAAGAAGCAAAGAAAUUAGGGUUUUUAUGGUUAAUAAAUAAACACAAGCGUAACCUGAAUGGCGGAAAGUAGUACUUGCUGAUAGCUGUAAUUAUCUAUAGGACAAGAGCAAGUUUGAUACAAUAGAUGUCUUUGCCAAUUAAAGUUUGAAAAUAAUAACAACUUCUGAGUUUGGUGGUCGAUACUUUCUCUGUGGGGCUUAAAGGAUAUCUUCAAUAAGAGGAAAAUCUCCAUGCUAUGAGUAUAAGCAGUCAAUGAUCAUCAAGAGAGCUGAUAUGAAGAAUAUCAGAAUGUACUUUAGUUUGGUGUGCCUGACAAAAUAUGAUAAGUUAUUUGACUAUAGUUAUCAGAGAGAUACUUCUGAUGGUUUAGAUUUUGGAAAUUCCCCAAGAAAUGAGACUGAUUAUAUUGUAGCCAGAAACUGCUAUUAUCAGAAUAGGGUUAAGCACUAGUAUCUCUAUGCAAUAGGAGGAAAAGGCAUCAAUGUCGUGAUGAAGUCAAUUGAGAAAUAUGACAUAGAAAGAGAUGAAUGGUCUGAGCUGAAGAUUCAACUCAACAACGAAAGAGCUUUUGCUUCUGCUCUUUCCUUUGCUAAUCGUUACAUUUACAUAAUUGGUGGAACUACUAAUACUGAUUGCCUAGAGAUAAUUGAUACUGAUAAAGAAAAUGAGACUUUGAGAUGCACUUUAGUCUUAUUAAACUUGAAUAGUUAUCAACCCUGGUUCAAAGAAAUACUGCUCCCAAUUGACUCGGAGGGAAUUAUCAAAUUUUGUGGUUUAGAAAAUAUUAAUGCGCAAUUAGAAUUAGAUUCAAAUUAAGGAGAUUAGUUUGAAAACUACACAGAAAAUGACAAUGAAAACUACAAUGAAAUAGACAAUAUAAACAUGGUAGGUGGUGAUUAUGCUGAUGAAGAUGAAGAGGAUAAAUAUGAGAUUGAGUAGCAAUCUGAGAAUGAAGAUGAUGUGGCUAAUGAGGAUGUCGAUGAGUAGUACUCUGCAGAGGGAAGUAAGAAAUCUCUCAAUGAAAGCCAAAGUGAGGAUGAUUCCUUGCACAGUAUGAACUAGAAUUCAAAGAAGAUUGUGGAAUAGUUUAUGAUUAUAGGUAAUUACUACAAGACAAAUCAGAUAAAGCAACUUUACAGAUUUAACAUCAGAGACUCUUCAGUGCAUUAGAUUGAUGUCGAUAACAACUAAAAUGAUGAUUUUUCUGUCAAUAGUUCUAGCAUGCGCAUCAAUUCUAAUUUGCAGAUGCCCUUCGUAUUCGAUGCAUUUUUUCAUCAAUACUAUCUAAAGAGCAAAUAAGACGAGAAUAGCUAUUAUGUCAUGGGAGAAAAUAAGAUUCAUAGGAUUAACUUUGUGGACAAAAGCUGGGACACUAUUGCUAGUGGCAGUUGCGAGCCUAGAAACUAAUGUUGA